AUGUCUCAUCAUUCUAACCUGACUUCCUCCGGACACAAGCACUUCAGCUCUUGUUCUGUAGUUUUACCUAAACAUUCCAGCUCUCACAACAUCCUAUCACACUCUUCUAAACACAUGGGACAUGGCCACAAGAAAGAACAUUGCUUUAGCAGCAAGAGUGCCCAUAACAUUGGAUCCAAAGGACAUAAGAUCUCAGUUGGAAGCUGUCACAUGGGCAAAAGUGGACAUGGGUCUGGAUUCGGAAGUAUUGGAGGCUUUGAAAGAUCCACUUGUUCUGCAGGGAUCAACCCUGUCACUGUAAACCAGAGUCUUCUUGCUCCUCUAAAUUUGGAGAUUGACCCAAGCAUCCAGAAAGUGAGAACUGAGGAAAAGAAUCAAAUCAAAGGACUGAAUAAUAAAUUUGCCUCCUUCAUUGACAAGGUAAGAUUUCUGGAGCAGCAGAACAAAAUGCUGGAAACCAAGUGGGCUUUUCUACAAAAACAGAAAACAGCCAAUUGUCAGAUUGAACCUCUGUUUGAGGCUUUUAUCAGAAAUCUUAGGAUACAGCUGGACAAUCUGGAAUGUGAAAAUUCUCGUUUGGAAUCAGAAAGAAACAACAUGGAGGAAACAAUGGAAGAAUUUAAGCGAAAGUAUGAAGAAGAAAUGAAUAGACGUACAGCAGCAGAGAAUGAGUUUGUCUUGCUAAAGAGGGAUGUUGAUGCUGCUUUUAUGAGCAAAACAGAACUGCAAGCUAAGGCUGACUCUCUGACCGAUGAGAUCAACUUCUUACGGGCUCUCUAUGAUGCGGAGAUCAGUCAGCUCCAGGCUCAGAUCUCAGACACCUCCGUGGUCGUCUCCAUGGACAACAGUCGAGACCUGGACAUGGACAGCAUCAUUGCGGAAGUUAGAGCUCAGUAUGAGGAUAUUGCUAACAGAAGCAGAGCUGAGGCUGAGGCCAUGUACCAGUCAAGGUUUGACGAACUUCGCAUGACAUCUGGAAGAAAUGGCAAUGAUCUAGAAAACAGCAGGAAUGUGAUUGCUGAACUGAACCGAGCAAUUCAGAGACUCAAGGGAGAGAUUGAAUGUGCUAAAUCUCAGCGUGCUGCACUGGAAUCAGCAGUCUCAGAGGCUGAGGAACGUGGUGAGGCUGCUGUCCAGGAUGCCAAGCAUAAACUGACUGAACUGGAGGCUGCUCUACAGAAGACCAAGCAGGACAUGGCUCGCCAACUGAGAGAAUACCAGGAGCUGAUGAAUGUCAAACUGGCUCUGGAUAUUGAGAUUGCCACCUAUAAGAAGAUGCUGGAAGGAGAAGAGUGCAGGUGA